GGUCCAGCUCCGAGUUUGCAUUAUCAACGCACCGCCUCUGCAUCCUCCCUAAUGUAUAUUCAUGGGAUUAUGCACCAUCUGAAUGUCCCUCUGUGAUCCAUGCGAUCAUCGCCGAUAGCUAAUGAACAUGUCCUCGAACUCACCGCAAGUUAGGCCUGCCAACAAACCCCUCGUCCUUGACGACCAACGACAGCAUCUCCUGCUAUGCGCAUCCGGCUCUGUGGCAACAAUAAAGAUACCAUUGAUGAUCAAAGCACUCUCGGGCUAUCCCUACCUGUCUAUUCGCCUCAUUCUUACUACAUCCGCGGCAGCGUUUCUCGCUGGCCAAGCCGAAGAGCAGCCCUCUCUGUCUGCGAUCGCUGAGCUUCCUAAUGUCGAGGCAAUAUAUUUGGAUGAGGACGAAUGGGCGAAGCCAUGGGUACGAGGCGAUAAGAUCCUACACAUAGAGCUCCGACGGUGGGCAGACAUCAUGGUUGUUGCACCGCUCAGUGCGAAUUCUCUAGCAAAGGUAGCGGGAGGUAUAUGCGACAAUCUGCUCCUGUCAACGUUCAGAGCGUGGGAUACUACAGGGCUGAAAAUUAUAAUCGUAGCCCCAGCAAUGAACACUGCUAUGUGGCUUCAUCCAAUCACGCAGAAGCAUGUCAAGCUCCUUCAAGAGGAAUGGAGUAUCGAACAAGGCGGCUGGAUCGAGUUGCUUAAACCAGUCGAGAAGGAGAUUGCUUGCGGUGAUGUGGGCAUUGGUGGUAUGAGAGAAUGGAGGGAAAUCGUUGAAGUCAUAGAGAGUCGCAUGAGACUAAAGAACGCAUGA